AUGCCAUCAAUUUUUGCUUGGGUGGCGUACGUUCUUCUAGCUGUUGGUCUCAUUCAUCAAUGGCUAAAACAAAAAGAAUAUGUUUUUUCACACGAUAUUAUUGCAACAAUUGCAAAUAGGCAUAUACCCAAGACAGAUAGAGAUCUGGAAGCUUCGAUGACUUCUUUGGUUUCUGAACUUCAAUCAAAAUAUCCAGGACACAUCCUUCCCACUAAAGAUUUGCAAUGGUUUUUCAUAAAUCGUGCUGGUUGGAUGGCGAGUAUUUGCAUUUUGCAUGCAUCGUUAACAGAAUAUGUUGCCUUACUUGGUACAGCUAUGGAAACAUCGGGUCACUCAGGUCAUUACUUUAUUAACAUCUCUGACACUCUUCUCAGUGGAAAAUUCCACCGAUGGAAAGAAGGAGAAUUUCGUUCUAAAACUUUUACUGCUGGUGACACUAUUUAUCAUUUAGCUGGGGAGGCAAGUGGUGUGCAUUGGACAGCUGGUACGUACAUGAUUGAGUAUGGACGAGGUUUUCUCAUAUCUGCCUUACCUACAGCUUUUGCUGAUGUCAUCUUUUCUACACAUGACUUCGUAUCAAUGUUCCAGGUCCUGAAACUUAGUUACACCCAUUUAUUUGCUUCCGAGGUUUUUUCAUCGAAAGCUGAUCUCAGAAACAACCUACAUUCUGUUAAAUUCAUAGAAAAAGGAUUCUUCAUCUCAAAACUUCAAACAAGGAAAUCUGUUGUAAUUGGAUAUUUUACAAGAAUACGGAACAUUACAUUGGCAUAA